AUGUUUCUAAAGCUCGAUAUUACAGUCUGCGUUGAUUCACAUCUAUUAAAGGAACAAAACACUAUGACAAUAUCCGAAAAAUCACAAAGAAAUAAAAAGAAAACUAACUUUUUACUCUGGUACAAGCUACCACUCGAACUACUGAUAGAAAGUUCUGGGAAAUAUGGUUGGUUUAUAUUCCUUAUCUUCCGACAAGUGGGUCAGCAUAGUCAUGAUCAAGCAACUUUGGUUGCAAAUUCAGAUAUUGCUAACACAGGAGGAAAAAUCAUUACUAUUGUUAUUAAUGCUUUAAUAUAUUAUCUUAAUGGAUCUCUCAAGAAUAUGCUCAUUAUUAUACGCAUGUCAGCACAAGAUUCCGAAAUUGACGAUUACGAUUUCUCUGCAAAAGAGCCAGGAGUAGUAGAAAAGACUUGGGGUGUUUAUUACCUUCACAAAUCAAAUGUUUCUUUGGGAAAGAUUGCGCACAUUGUUGGCAUGAGACGGCAUGUUGUGCAAAGUAUAAUUAAGCUAAUUAAAGAGACCGGCGAGCCAUUUACACCAGAAAUGCAAGCCAUCGCAGGCAAAAUAAAUGAGGAUUAA